CGCUGUGCAUUACGUCCGAGAUAAACAUCGAGUGCGCGUAAUAGUAAAAGUUUUGUCCUCCAGAUUUUCGAUACUGUGUAAUGUUCCAUUGAUUCGAGAGCCAGCCAUGUCUCUUGUAGCAGACAGUGAACAUGCUGUUGAUUGCCUUGACCGGCUCCAGGCCAGGUUGUGGGAAAGGGGAGAUCACUCCCAGGACCAUGACAUGGCAUCCAUCAUGGUGAUGUUGGACACGCCCCUCUUCAAGCAGCUCCUCACCCUGCAAGACUCGCUGCAGGAGUUGAAGCAGGUGUCUGAGAUCCAUCCUCUGACAGAGGAGAACUUCAUGUUUGGGCCUUCGGGAGAGCUGGUGCUCCCCACUGGAGAGGAGAAUGGCUACCCAAGCCAAGAACUCAGCGAGAGUGGAACUCUUAACCUCCGGCAGGUGUACACUGGUCCCGGAAGUGCUAUUUCCACAUACAGCUACAACAUAGAGUUCCAGCGGGCCAUCGACAAGGCUGCGACAGGCCGCGAGGUGGAUACGAUCAAGCUGUUCAAGCCAGAGAACAGCUCCCUUGGGUUCAGUGUUGUGGGGCUGAAGAGGGAGGAGCUGGGCGAACUUGGCAUCUAUGUCCAGGACAUCAACCCAGGGGGCAUUGCAGCAAAAGAUGGGCGCCUACGGGAGGGAGACCAAAUUCUUGCCAUCGAUGGUCAGCCUCUAGACAUCUCCCAUACUGAGGCUAUACGCAUUCUUCAAAACGCCCAGGGAUUGGUGGAGAUUGUUGUUGCCAGGGGACCAAUCAGUGGCGAGUCUGAGCAAGUUAUUGGUGAAGUGGAGGUUAACGUUGACGGAGAAGAACCAAUUGAAAAGGCGGAAGAUCGCCAGGAAGAAGCAUUCCCUCCCACUGGCCUUGACAAGUCUUCCGACAUGGUGCUAAGCACCGAAUGGACCCAAAUUGAAGUUAUUGAUCUUAUUAAUGAUGGAACAGGCCUUGGAUUUGGAAUCAUUGGAGGACGAAGCACAGGGGUGGUUGUCAAGACUAUAUUGCCGGGAGGCGUGGCAGAUGUGGACACACGGCUGCGAAGUGGAGAUCACAUCCUUCAGAUCGGAGAGGUGAAUGUUCGAGGAAUGGGGUCAGAACAGGUGGCCCUGGUUCUCCGGCAGUCUGGGAGUAAUGUCCGCCUCAUCGUCGCUCGGUCAGUGAUGGAGCCCCCACCCUUCCAGAUCCCCCAUGCCCCAGUCGUCCCCACCCAUCUCCUUGAUGAUCACCUGGAUCAGAUCAACGCCAUCAUGGCCAUGGACUCCCAGGAGAACCUGGACAUGAGGAUGCAGGAGGAACAGUCCAUCAGGAACAUCAUGGCUGGGCAGGUGCAGGUCCACCCGCAACCAUAUGAUAUGAAUGAGGUACCGGAGGUAGAAAUCUUUGAUGUGGAUCUGACCAAGGACAAUCAUGGACUGGGCAUCACCAUCGCAGGCUACGUCGGAGGGGACAACACACCUGAUGAGGUGUCCGGCAUCUUUGUGAAGGGCAUCGCUGAUGGCAGUGCUGCAGCAGUGGACGGCCGAGUGCAAGUCAAUGACCAGAUCAUCGAGGUGGAUGGCCUGUCCCUCCAAGGUUAUUCCAACCACCAGGCUGUGGAGGUGCUACGCAAGACAGGGCAGCUGGUCCACCUGAAGCUUGUCCGGUACCGCCAUGGACCCAAGUACGAGAAGCUACAGCAGUACCUGGCCCAGGCGAAUGCAACACUGAUGGGCCAGCCUGGCCUCAUCUCACAGAACCAAGAGAGUUUGGCAGCAUCCAACCCCACAUAUGACAUCACCACGCCCAACCCCCAGGUGGACUACAACGAUGUCAACUUCAUGUCAGAUGAAGACUACAGUGGAGAGCUCUUGCCCGACGUGGAGGCCGCCAUCAAGGCAUGCUGGGAACCGCUCAUCGGCAGCGACUUCGAAGUGGUUGUCGCCCAGCUGUCCAAGUUCAAGGAAGGAGGUGGUCUGGGCAUCAGUCUGGAGGGGACUGUCGACGUGGAAAACGGUGUGGAGGUUCGACCACAUCACUACAUUCGCUCAAUUCUGCCGGACGGCCCCGUUGGUCUGAACGGCCACCUCAUCAGCGCGGACGAACUACUGGAGGUUAACGGUAAACGGCUGCUAGGUUUGAAUCAUGUGGAGGUGGUCAACAUUCUCAAGGAUUUGCCUCAACAUGUCCGCCUCGUGUGCGCCAGACGCAAGUCUCAAACCACUGAAACCUAUGCACAUAAGGACGCCCAAUUUCUCAGCAGUGUGUUCAACACAGGGGUCCAUACAAACUUUCCAGCAAGUGAACGAUUGGUCAAAGCCAAGUCGGAAAUGGCGCUGUCGUCAACAGAUACUGCUGUUCUAAAUUCGCUCAACAAAAGCAAGUCUCGUUCACUGGAGCCGCUGACAAAUCUGGCAAUGUGGAGCAGCGAGCCAGUUGUCAUUGAACUCCUGAAGGAAGAUAAGGGACUGGGAUUUAGUAUUCUAGAUUACCAGGACCCUGUGAAUCCUAACGAGACGGUCAUAGUGAUACGAAGCUUGGUGCCGAAAGGUGUUGCUCAACUAGAUGGCCGACUAGUGCCAGGCGACCGCCUCAUCUUUGUCAAUGACAUAAACGUGGAACAUGCCACGUUGGAUGAGGCUGUGCAGGCUCUGAAGGGUGCAGGAAAAGGCGUCGUUCGAAUAGGGGUAGCAAAACCACUGCCCCUGUCCGACAACUUCAGGGCGGACAAUCAGCCUCCAUUGCUAACUGCACCCGCCCUUUCUGAUCUGCCUCAAUCUGCCCGGGGGACAAAUUUCACCGACCAGCUGGCUGAUUCCACAACAAUCACAAUGCUUCCCCAGGAAACAACAGUAAACAGAUCCAUUUCCUCUUCCUCUGGAGAAAUAGGCAUGAAGCUUGGGAUGCAACGAAAGGACAGUUUUUACGAGAGUGACGAUGAAAUCAAAACACCCCGAAAAUCCUCUCCCAAAAAGGCCUCCCCGAUUAAGUCGUCUCCCAAAGAGCACUCCCCACCAUGCUAUGACCAAGCCUUAGGUAGUGUUGACACUCGAGUAAGCUAUGAACACGUGGAGUCCCAUGUGAAGAGACUUGAGUACGAGAGCGUGGAACCGGUUUCCAGUGAUAUCACUCAGGAACAUUUCGAGUCUGUGAGAUCGGUAAAAACUCAUGAAGUUAUGGCGCCAUUGUCCCGUGAGGUCAUGGCUCCAUUGCCCUCAUAUGAAGAAGCUACUCUUGGUGCCGAUAUGGGCGUGGCCAAUGCGGAACUGUUCCAGUUUAAAGAUGAGGAUGCCCCUCCUGUUCCGCCAAGGACAGAAUCACAUGGUGCUAUGGAUAUCGCUGUUGAUAUAGUACCGGAGAGCCCGGACAAGCAUUUUGAAUUGGAUUCAGAUCAGCUAUCUCCCGAGAGCUCGCCUCACAAUCAGUCAUUAAACGUGAGCGGAGAAGCCGACAUUGAUGGCGUACCUCGCAGGGGCCCACCCCCUAUCCCUCCUAAACCGCGCCUACAACGCCCUAGUCCACGUCCAAGGGCGACAAAGAAGGACGAUGGGCCCCCUCCCCCUCUCCCCAUCACCUCGCCCCCCACGGCAGCUCCACCCCUCACAGAGACGCCAGCCUAUGAACUCGAAUCCAGGUUGAGCCCACGUGUGGUUGUAGCUCAUCGGAAGUCGGAGAGUGCUGACAGCGAGGUGUCGUCCUCAUCUGACCUCCUCACCUCAAGUGACCUUAAGGGCGUGUCCUCGCCCCCCUCGACACCCCGCAGUACCGCCUCCCCUGGUAUGUCCCCCCUGGCGUCCCCGAGCCUGACCCGGGGCUGGAGGACAGCUAGCACUGAUGCCAUUCCCACCUCGUAUGAGAAGAAUAUCAAGGUGCAGAAAGGCAAUGACCAGCUAGGUCUGACUGUUGAUGCAGUGGACCGGGGAAUCAAUGGUUGUGUUAUCAAAACCAUCGUUGAUGGUGGCGCUUUGGCUAAAGAUGGCCGCCUUGCAGUAGGGGACUACAUGGUUCUCGUCAACAACGAAAGCAUGAGGCGUAUCACCAAUGCUCAAGCCAGGGCCAUCCUUCGUAGGGCAUCACUUCUAAAUAGAUCCAUUAGUUUCACCUAUAUCCCAAGUGCUGAUGUCGCAGCCUACCAGGAGACUCUGACCAAUCGCAGCCUGGAGUGCAGCCCUUCCCAUAAGCCCAGUAUGCCAUCGCCAAGUGCAACAUUAUCAUCUUCACCUAGGAGGACCCUGUCAGCGGUUAGCCCGCCAUCUUCCCCGUCCCCCGCACCCUCCUCUCCAGCGGAGGUGGUCCCAGUCCAGCUGUCCACGGUCCAGCAGAUGUCCCCCAGACAGAAGUCCCUGGCAUCAGACGGGUCUCCCGCGGCCGGGAACCAUGCCUGGGGGCCAGCCCGCACCGUGGAACUUGUCCGGGAACCUGGCAGAAGUCUGGGCAUCAGUAUUGUUGACAAAUGGUACAGAAAUGAAAAUUCCACCGACACAUAUAAUGGAGGUAAAAAUGGGGGCCGUGUGGACUUGUUCCAUGUCUCAGAGGAGCACACCAUCACGGGGAUCUUCAUCAAACAUGUCGUGGAGAACAGUCCUGCUGGCAGGAACGGUACUCUCAAAACAGGGGAUCGCAUUCUUGAGGUGAACGGUGUUGACGUACGCGAUGCAUCACAUGACGAGGCUGUCGAGAUUAUCCGCAAUGCAACCACUCCUGUUACGUUUGUUGUCCAAAGUCUUUCAGAUUCUGCAUGUGUUGUGGAGAAAAUCACUACAGCUACCCAGCCAGGUGAUCUGGAGGCAGCGGAACUUAAAUCAGUACAAUCAUUUGAAGAAGCCACUGCACAGUCCACUGCACCUCUACAGACAAAGCCGAAGGACAGACUGACACACUUACGCUCAGAGUCCAGAGGAGAAUCAGUCAGCGACAGCGAGUCUGAAGACGAGUUUGGCUAUACAACAAAAAAACUUCAGAAGAAAUAUGGUGAGCUGAGCGGAGAUAUUCACCUGGUGGAUCUGUCGACGGGGUCUAAUGGUCUGGGCCUGAGCUUGGCUGGCAAUAAGGAUCGGAACCUAAUGAGUGCGUUUGUGGCGGGGAUACAGCCAGAGAGCACUGCCGCCAAGGAUGGCAGGAUUACAGUCGGGGACGAACUGCUGGAGGUGAAUGGUCAAGUCCUACAUGGGCGGAGUCACUUGAAUGCCUCUGCCAUCAUCAAGGGCAUCAAGACAUCUGCAGUCAAGAUUGUCCUCCUCAGACGAGAGAACUACCAGCUUCACAUGGCUAUCAAGCCGCUACGUCUGGGACCCAUCAUCCACACAGAGGAACACGUGGAAUCAGCCACUUCCCCAAAGCCGACACCCAAUCGGGCACCUGUUCCUACAGCAACGGGUACGACGCCUCACAAGGAGCCCCCAAAAGAGGACCACAAACCUCUUGAUAUUGUAAAUACUGUCACACUUCAGAAGGGACCUCAAGGUCUUGGUUUCGGCAUAGUGGAAGAAACUCGAGAUGGCCGCCAUGGAAUCUAUGUCCGCAGUGUAACGCCAGGGGGCGCUGCAGCAAAGGAUGGACAGCUGACAGUUGGAGACCAGAUCAUGGAAGUUGGAGAUAAAUCAUUAAAUGGCGUACAUUACGAUAAGGCAAUCGAUGUUUUACGACAAUCUCAGGGCAGUGUGAAAUUAAAGGUUCGAAAGAUUGGAAAAGGCAAGCCAGGAGAUUUGAUCCGACUUGGAAACACAGUUGAUGAAUCUUCAACUGACCCUCCUGCCCCAGUUGUGACAACCGACCCCAAGACCUGCCCUAUCACCCCAGGUCGAGAGACCCUCAUUGAGAUAGAAAAGGGUCGAACAGGGCUCGGGCUCAGCAUCGUGGGUGGGUCAGACACGCUACUGGGGGCUAUCAUUAUUCACGAGGUGUAUGAAGAUGGGGCAGCCUUUAAGGAUGGCCGACUUGGUGCUGGGGACCAAAUCUUGGAGGUUAACCGAGAGGACCUGCGUGAUGCCACCCAUGACCACGCCAUCCAGGUGCUGCGGCAGACGCCCUCCAACGUGUGGAUCCUCAUGUACCGCGACGACAACCAGGUGAAGGAGGAGGACAUCUAUGACAUCUUCAGCGUCGAGCUCAUGAAGAAACCGGGCAAGGGUCUCGGACUCAGCAUCGUGGGCAAGAAGACUGAUGUCGGUGUUUACAUAUCAGAUAUUGUGAAAGGCGGGGUGGCAGAAGCUGAUGGAAGACUUAUGCAAGGGGACCAGAUUCUCGCUGUCAAUGGAGAAGACAUGAGAAACUCAACUCAGGAAUAUGCAGCAGGCGUUCUUAAGACAUUGAUGGGCAAGGUCACAAUGAUGGUGGGAAGGUUAAAAGCAGGGUCAAGAACAUCUUCACGACGAAACUCCAAUUCUCCUGGCAGUGCUUUGAAAAAAUCAGAAUCCAGUGCAAGCAAUCGCUCACGGGGGAAACACUCAAAGAAUGUGAGUGUGGACUGGACACACCUGAGGAACGUGGAGCUCCAACAUGACGAGUCUGGCUCCCUGGGGCUGAGCAUUGCCGGUGGGGUGGGCUCCCCACUCGGGGACGUCCCCAUCAUUGUUGCAAACCUUAACCCCACAGGCCCAGCGGCAAGGUGUGGCAGGUUACGGGUUGGUGACAAGAUCCUGAUGAUCAACAACCGGUCAACAGAUGGCAUGACUCACGACGAGGCAGUUGCCGUGCUGAAGUCAACGACACCCGUCAUGUUACAGGUCAUCCAGGGGGAGGAACUAGCGGUUAGCGUCAACGGCAGUCGCUCACGCCAAGUCAGCACUGACAUGUCCAAUGACCCAACUGCCACCGAACUGACCGUGUCUCCAGCUGAUGGGCAAGCCCCACAAUGCAGCACCCUGAUUCUAGAGCGAGGUCAUGAAGGCCUCGGUUUCUCGAUCGUUGGAGGUCAUGGAAGUCCACAUGGAGAUCUGCCUAUCUAUGUGAAGAAUGUCUUUGAGAAGGGAGCUGCGGCCGAGAAUGGGGGCUUGAAAAGAGGGGAUCAGAUUCUGGCUGUGAAUGGGAAAAGUCUGGAUGGACUUACACACGACGAAGCUGUCAAUAUUCUGAAAAACGCACGAGGAAAAGUGACUCUUUCUGUGUUGUCUUGAUGUUGGGCCGUGACAACAUGUUAUUAUCAUUCAGUGGGACCAGUUGUAUUGUUGACAAGCUUUGGCGAAGUAUGCUAGACACAGACAGCAUCAAUCAGGAACAGUUCCAGAAACCGUGCAAAUAAUCUCCAUGGACACUAUUUCUUUGGAAGAAUCGCCAUGGAUACCAAUACCACAAGAAAUGUUAUUCAAGAAACAGAAACAAAGGAUAUCAGUGGAACAAAACAUCAUCAAGUGAUUUUGAUAUGUCAGAGAACGUUCUAUGAAUUUGUGUCCAAUUGUUAAAAAAAGUUGGGUAACCAUGUCUGUAAAUGGUGACCAUGCAUUGAAAACAUUGUGCCAGAGCUUGAAAAUAAUAUUAUUUGUUUCUUCACAAUUAUCAGAUAUCAAAAUGGUUGUGACAGUGACUUUCAGACUUUUGGGGGAUGACAGAACUUUACAAUGGAUACACUCAAUAAUAAUAAAGUUAUGCAAAUACUGGUUGUCAUUGUGAACAAGUAACAAAACACUCAAUCAUUAUAAUUGGAUGCUUGAAAUAAAAGGUACAAGGACUGAAACCACCAAAUUCCACAAACUAUGGAUAUGAGUUUGCGAUGUUUGUGUCCCAGUUAGUGAGUAUAUCCAUUGAAGACUUCUAUACUGUUGCUGUUAUUUUUGUAUAUGGUGUAUGAUAGUGUUUUCAUUUUUUUACAGGAUUUGCAACUGUGAUAGUGAGAUUUAAUUAUGUUACAAGAAUUUGAGAACAUUGAUAUCAUUUCUUUGGAUUAGAUAUCAUCCUGUCCCCAUUGUAGCUGAAAUGUCUCAAUAUGAAGAAAAACACUAUAAGAAUGAAACCUUGUCUCACCCCAUUACAAAUAUGCAAUGUUUUUGAGAGACAUGCAUUACUGGACCAAUAUAUUGGGAUAUCAGACAAAAUUCUUUACAGAAGUAUGUAUAUAAUGAUAACUGCAGUAGAUCAUUUAGUGUAUUCCCUUAUAUUAGAUUUAGAUCAUGUUGACUGAACCCUAUUAGCAUACCUUUACCUUUAGUGAACAGAAAAACGAAAUUCCACUUUUGUAUCUAUCAGAGAGAUGUGAAACUAUGAACAGUGAGUUUGGAUGCAACACUCAUCGUUGACUGAUCAAUUUUUUUUAUUCGAAUUUUGGACUGGGAUUUUUUUAUAUUUGGAACAUCCUUUCAAAACAUUUGUUUAAAAAAGUUAUUUUAAAUAACAUUUUGAAAAAGAUCAAAAUUAUUUUUUUAUUUGGCAACAUUUUCUUUGUUCUAAAAAAUAUUCCAAGAUUAUUUUAUUGCAGUGUUUCUUUGGUAAGAAUAAUUGAGAAAUUCCAGAUACUCCCCAGAAAGUAACAAUAUUAUACACUGGUAGUCCCAUGUGUAGCAUCCUACAUGAUUUGGAUACUUAGGAAGGUUUUUUUUAUGGCUUGCAGAAUGACAGAAUGUUGAUGAUUAUUACUCUUCAUUAUAUAACAAAUGCAUAUUGCAGAGAUGAGUGAGAUUAUACAUUACGUGUUGAUCAACUUUUCCAUUUUUCUAUUUCAUUUUAUAUGACAGGUGUUUUCUAAUGCUUUUGAACAAUUUUCAUGACUUGAUUUGUUGCAUCCAGUGCCCCUGCAGGUAAUAUGGUAAUGUCAUGCAGGUGGUGUGGUAAUGUCAUGAAAGGCAGGUGUCGUGGUAAUGUCAUGUCAUGCAGGUGGUAUGGUAAUGUCAUGAUGUCAUGCAGGUGGUGUGGUAAUGUCAUGAAAGGCAGGUGUCGUGGUAAUGUCAUGAUGUCAUGCAGGUGGUGUGGUAAUGUCAUGAUGUCAUGCAGGUGGUGUGGUAAUGUCAUGAAAGGCAGGUGUCGUGGUAAUGUCAUGAUGUCAUGCAGGUGGUGUGGUAAUGUCAUGAUGUCAUGGUAAUAAUGUCAUGAUAGUAAUGUCAUGUCAUGUCAUGGUAGUAAUGUCAUGAUGUCAUGCAGGUAAUGUGGCUAUGUCACGCAGGUGGUGUGGUUAUGUCCUGAAAGGCAGGUGUGGGGUUGAGUGGCAUUGAUGUGGAACCUGAUGGUACCAAGAAACAUAGGACGGAAGAAGGCAGGGGCUACACAUCAUAUUAACUCUGACUGGUGUAUUGUUUUUGCCAAAGUUCAGUUUCAUGGAGUGAGAACAAAAAAAAUCAGAAAUGAAAAGAAAUAAAUGAUUCUUACUUUUGAUAAGAUGAGCAGUCUUAAAAUAGUAUCAUAAUACAUUGGUGGUCAUCAUAUAUCAAAUAACAUGUAGAUACACAUGGGUUAGCUGGUUCCCUAUCUGAAUGUCCAGUUGGUAUAUAGAGAAUCUCACCCGAGUGUCUUUUGAUAUCAAAUAUAUCAACACGAGUUGAUAAAAGUGGAAAUAUUCCGAGGCUUGCCAAGGAUUUUUGCCACUUUUAUCAACGAGUUGAUAUAUUUGAUAUAACAAGACACAAGGGUGAGAUUUUAUUUAUCAUCCAACAUCAUUCGUCCAACUUAUUCAAUUUGUAGACAAUAAUUAGCAGUGUCUUCAGUGUAAAACGUACUGCUAACAGCUUCAGUAGCAGAGCCAUUAGUGAUGUCAUUUGAUUGUGACAUCAUGGUAACCAGUGACGUCACAAUGGUCUGCAAAGCAUUGUGAUGUAAUUUCAUUGCAGCGAUAUCUACAGUGUAGACACUUUAGUUGGUCCUCUGAAUGUCCAGUUGGUAUAUAACAGACAACUAUGGUCACUGGUUAGCAUCAGAUAUCCAUACAUCGUCUAGACACAUUAGUUGGUUCCCUAUCUGAUUGUCAAUUUGGUAUUUAACAGACAAAAGUGGUCCUUGGUGGUCAUCCGAUAUCCAUGCACUAUGUAGACACAUGAUAAGGAUUGGUAGUCUUCUGGUCUGUCCACAUUGUAGCAUGCAGGGAGGGACAAACAUGUUUGGACAUCGGUUGGCUUACACUUCAUAGACUGUCAGGGAUAUAGGAAUGACAUGAUUCUGUAGACUUAGACCCAGGUGGACAGAGCUGCCAGGAAUACAGACCAUUCCACAGAACCACACAAACAUCUGAGUUGCCACAGCUUUUCUAUGACGGACGAUUCGGUUGUACCUGUUUGAAUGACAGCACUUGUUUCUUUGUCUUGGUAUCAGGUGGUAGAAACAAUGUAGUGACUAGAACACAUUCCAUUGGUAUUUGUUAGCUUGCAAGAAUUUGUCUUCCUCCUUGAGUUAACAUUGAUGAAGCUGUGGCUUGUCAGGGAGUAUCUCGGACACAGUCACCUAACCCCAUGCACAUUAACCCUGUCACUGAUAGAUAACACAAACCUCAAUCUCAAAGUGUAUGUGAGUACCUGUACUUGUCAUUCCUUGGGUUAAGGUGGUGUAGUCUUUGAUAACUGAAAAAAAGUCUUAACCCUUUCAAACAGAUUUUAAUCCUAUGGAACCGCCAUGGAUUUAUCUAUCAGUUAAAGGGUUGCACCUCACAGAUGAGGAUGUUUUCAUUUAAAGCUGCAGCACCAUUUCUGUCUAUGCAAUUUCUGCUGGGCCCUUUAACUUCCAAGCAUUCUCAUUGGCUAAAAUUCAAAUGUCUCAAUUUUCAUUGGUUGGCCAAAGUAGAUAAGUUGCUGGCAACAGUUAGAAGCUGUGAAUAAAUGUGAUAGCUUACCAUUUUAACAGAACUGUUUAUCAAUACUUAGUGUAACAAUGAUCUUGGAGAUUAUAUAGUGGUUAACCCAGUGUUAUAGAGACUCAUGCAGAUAUUUAUCAUUGAUAAGCACUUGUGUGACUGGAUCCUCCUCCAUUGUCACAUUGUGCUGUUGAGUUUACUGUUUAUAUCACAUACGAUGGCUUCUUAAUUAUCACUGUUUAUGCUAACUCCCAUUACCCACGAUUUGUACUAAAUAAAGUAUAUUUACAUGAAA